AGAGGGCGCGGGAGGCAGCCACUCGGGCCCGACCCCACUCCAGCGCUCGCCGGGGACGCGGGCGGGUGGCGAGGGGACGCGGCGGGGGCGCGGGGCGGGCGCGGCCAUGGAGCGGCGGCGGCGGCAGCACUAGCGACCGCGGGUAGACGAGCGGCCGGGCUGGGCCGCCCGGCGCCGCGGACCGAACUGCACAGCUCAGCAAAAGCGCCCUCGCCCUUCGCGCGCCGCCUCCUGCGAGCCCGAACCCGGCAACAUUUUUUUUUUUUUUAAGGCUCCAAUCCAUCCUUUGAAGAAAAGGAAAAAAAAAAUAGCAUUGAUUGGAUAGACUGGGAUAUAUAUAUAUAAUUUGGGAGGGGGGUUCCUGCUAAAAUUAGCCGAGCCCGCGGCGCGCGGUGUGCGAGUGUGUGCGUGCGGGCGUGUGUGUGUGUGUGUGUGUGUGUGUGUGUGUGUGUGAAUGUGAUUACUCCAGGACUCCUCGGGCUCCGGAGACGCCAUUUUCCCCCUUGAUAUCUCUCUCUGUAAAUCGGUGGCGCGGCGGAGGCGGCCGCGCCGGGCGGGAAGCGCGGGGCCGGCCGGGGCGCCCGCGGCUCGCCUCCGCCUCCGCGCGCUCGGGGGCCCCGGCGCCCCCCGAGCGAGGGCGGCCCGCCCGCGGCUCGCCGUGUGACAGAUGCUCAUCGCCAUGGAGUUGCCGCAGCAGCACCUUCGGGGGCUCGGGCGAGCGACGGGAGCCGGGAUCUGAGCGAGCGCCGGGGCCAGCGGAGCCGGAGCCGUGGUUGCAGAUCUGAUCUCUUCUGAACAACCUCACGGUGUCUCCUUCCCUGGGGCUCUGAGCCCAGCAGCCGGACCACUUUCUCCUUGGAAUUUUGGGUGCCGUCUCUUCUCACCUUUCCCUUUUCCCUGUCUCUCUCCUGAGAACUCUUGGCAACUGGAGGAUUGUCAUGGAGUCCAGGGAAGUCUUAAGUGGCUCCCGGCAGAGGGGGAGUGAGUCGGAAUUCCUGCCAGUCUCCUCAGCCAAGCCCUCGACUACUCCUAACUGUACUGGAGAACCUUUGCUGUCUGCUCCGGAGACUGGGAAGGGAAUCCCAACAGGUGGAGAACGCAUGGAGCCAGAGGAGGAGGAUGAACUGGGCUCAGGGCGGGAUGUGGAUUCCAACUCCAACGCAGACAGUGAGAAAUGGGUGGCAGGAGAUGGCCUGGAAGAACAGGAGUUUUCUAUCAAGGAGGCCAAUUUCACAGAGGGGAGUCUGAAGCUGAAGAUUCAGACCACGAAACGGGCUAAGAAACCCCCAAAGAAUCUGGAGAACUAUAUAUGCCCCCCUGAGAUCAAGAUCACCAUCAAGCAGUCGGACCAGAAGGUGUCCCGUGCUGGGAAAAAUAGCAAAGCCACAAAGGAGGAGGAAAGAAGCCACUCCAAAAAGAAGCUCCUCACAGCCAGUGACCUUGCAGCCAGCGACCUCAAGGGAUUUCAGCCACAAGCUUAUGAGCGGCCACAGAAACACUCAGCUCUCCACUAUGACCCAGGCCUCCCACAGGAUUUCACCAGUGACACCUUAAAACCAAAGCACCAGCAAAAAAGCAGCAGCCAGAACCACAUGGACUGGUCCACCAACUCUGACAAUGGACCUGCCACUCAGAAUUGCUUCAUCAGUCCAGAGUCUGGCAGAGAAACUGCAAGCACCAGCAAGAUCCCAGCUCUUGAGCCCAUGGCUUCCUUUGCAAAGGCCCAGGGUAAGAAAGGCAGUGCAGGGAGCACAUGGAAUCAGUCGUCUAACAGUAACAAAGAUCUGCUCUUGGGAGGUGUGGUUCCAUCUCCAAGCAACCACAGCUCACCAGCCCCACCCAGCAGCUCUGCUGAGUGCAGUGGGAUUCAGCCCUUGGUAGAUCAAGACGGAGGAAGUACAAAGGAGCCCCUUGAACCACCUACUAUAAGCAGCAAGAAAAAGUCCAGUAAAAAAGACGUGAUAAGUCAAACCAUACCAAACUCAGACCUAGACUGGGUCAAGAAUGCUCAGAAAGCAUUUGACAGUACAGAAGGGAAAAGGGAAGGCUACUCUGCAGAUAAUGCCCAAGAGGCCUCACCAGCCAGGCAGAAUGUGAGUUCCAUCAGUAAUCCUGAAAAUGACUCAAGCCAUGUCCGGAUUACUAUCCCUAUCAAGGCACCUUGCCUCGAUCCAAGCAGCCAUAAGAGGAAAAAGAGACAGUCCAUCAAAGCAGUGGUGGAAAAGAUCCUGCCAGAGAAAGCCUUGACUUCUGGAAUCACUGUGAGCAGUGAAGUAGUCAAUAGGCUAUUUUCCAACCCUGAGGGUAAUAAGAAAGAUCCCCGUGUCCCUAAGUUGAGUAAAAUGAUGGAGAACGAGUCGCCCUCAGCUGGCCUUGAAACUGGUGUAAAUGCCGAGAAAGUUGUCCCAGGAGGUGUACCUAAGCAGAGAAAGCCACCCAUGGUCAUGACGCCUCCAACGUGCACAGAUCACCCUCCAAGAAAGCUGCCAGAAAUCCAGCACCCCAAAUUUGCCGCAAAACGGAGGUGGACGUGCAGCAAACCAAAACCCACCAGUCUGCUUCGGGAGGCAGUCAUGGCCACCUCCGAUAAACUGAUGGUGGAACCACCGUCUGCUUAUCCCAUCACUCCAUCCAGCCCUCUCUACACCAACACAGACAGUCUUACUGUGAUCACGCCAGUCAAAAAGAAGCGGGGGCGACCAAAGAAGCAGCCUUUGCUCACGGUUGAGACAAUUCAUGAGGGGACGUCCACCAGUCCAGUCAGUCCCAUCAGUCGGGAGUUUCCUGGCACCAAGAAGAGAAAGAGACGACGUAGUUUAGCUAAGUUGGCCCAACUAGUGCCGGGAGAGGACAAACCCAUGAGCGAGAUGAAAUUUCACAAAAAAGUUGGAAAGCUUGGGGUAUUGGAUAAGAAGACCAUCAAAACUAUUAAUAAGAUGAAAACACUCAAGAGGAAAAAUAUAUUGAACCAGAUCUUGUCCUGCUCCAGCAGCAUAGCACUGAAGGCCAAAGCUCCCCCGGAGACCAGCCCUGGGGCAGCAGCGAUCGAGAGCAAACUGGGCAAGCAGAUUAAUGUCAGCAAGAGGGGCACCAUCUACAUCGGCAAGAAAAGGGGCAGGAAGCCGAGGGCAGAGCUGCCACCCCCAUCCGAAGAACCCAAAACAGCCAUCAAGCACCCGAGGCCUGUUUCUAGCCAGCCGGAUGUUCCCGCCGUGCCUUCCAACUUUCAGUCACUUGUGGCGUCUUCACCAGCAGCUAUGCACCCACUUUCGACACAGUUGGGUGGGUCCAAUGGCAACCUGAGCCCCGCCAGCACUGAAACCAAUUUUUCAGAGUUGAAAACUAUGCCAAAUCUCCAGCCCAUCAGUGCUCUUCCAACCAAAACCCAAAAGGGAAUCCAUAGUGGGACCUGGAAGCUGUCUCCACCCAGGCUGAUGGCCAACUCCCCUUCACACCUUUGCGAGAUCGGGUCACUUAAGGAGAUAACACUGUCCCCUGUGAGCGAGUCCCACAGUGAAGAGACGAUCCCGAGUGACAGUGGCAUUGGGACAGACAACAACAGCACGUCUGACCAAGCAGAGAAGAGUUCUGAAUCCCGACGGAGGUACUCUUUUGAUUUCUGCUCCCUGGACAACCCGGAGGCCAUCCCAUCUGACACCAGCACAAAGAACCGGCAUGGCCACCGGCAGAAGCAUCUCAUCGUGGACAACUUUCUGGCCCACGAAAGCCUCAAGAAGCCAAAGCACAAGAGGAAACGGAAAAGCCUGCAAAACCGUGAUGAUCUCCAGUUUCUGGCAGACCUAGAAGAGCUCAUCACUAAGUUCCAGGUGUUCAGGAUCUCCCACCGGAGUUAUACCUUCUACCAUGAGAAUCCGUAUCCCAGCAUUUUUCGGAUUAAUUUUGAUCACUAUUACCCGGUGCCAUAUAUCCAGUAUGACCCGUUGCUCUAUCUUCGUAGGACUUCAGACUUAAAGUCAAAGAAGAAGCGUGGUAGGCCUGCAAAAACCAAUGACACCAUGACAAAGGUGCCUUUUUUACAAGGGUUCAGCUACCCUAUUCCCAGUGGAAGUUACUAUGCACCCUAUGGAAUGCCUUACACAUCAAUGCCUAUGAUGAACCUUGGUUAUUACAGUCAGUACCCAGCUCCUCUGUACCUGUCACACACGCUCGGAGCAGCGUCCCCGUUCAUGAGGCCAACAGUGCCACCACCUCAGUUCCACACAAGCUCCCACGUGAAGAUGUCUGGUACAGCUAAGCAUAAAGCAAAACACGGGGUGCACCUGCAGGGGCCCGUGGGCCUGGGCCUUGGUGACAGGCAGCCAUCCCUGAAUCCUCCCAAGGUGGGCAGCGCCAGUCUGUCCAGCGGUCGGCUCCACAAGAGGAAACACAAACACAAGCAUAAGCACAAGGAAGACCGGCUCCUGGGGACCCACGACAACCUGAGUGGUCUCUUCGCAGGCAAAGCCACUGGCUUCUCCAGCCACAUCCUGAGCGAGCGGCUGAGCAGCGCGGACAAAGAGCUCUCCUUGGUGAGUGAGAAGAACAAGCAUAAGGAGAAGCAGAAGCACCAGCACAGUGAAGCCGGCCACAAAGCGUCCAAGAACAACUUCGAGGUGGACACCUUGUCUACGCUGUCACUUUCCGAUGCCCAGCAUUGGACGCAGGCCAAGGACAAGGGGGACUUGGGCAGCGAGCCUGCGGACUCCUGCGCGAAAAGGUACUCUGGCAGUGGUGGGGACGGGGGCAGCGCAAGACCGGAGAGCCUGGACGUGUUCAGUGAGAUGAACCCUCCAAACGACAAGUGGGACAGUGAUGUGAGUGCGAGUAAAAGGAGGAGCUACGAAGGCUUUGGAACGUACAGGGAAAAGGACAUCCAAGCCUUCAAGAUGAACCGCAAGGAGAGAAGUUCCUACGACUCCUCCGUAUCUCCAGGGAUACCAAGUCCCCACUUAAAAGUGGACCAAACGGCAACACAUAGUAAGAACGAGGGCUCAGCGUCCACCGUGAUGACCAGGAAGAAGCCAGCCGCGGUGGACAGUGUUGCGAUCCCACCUGCCCCAGUGUUAUCUCUCCUUGCUGCUUCGGCAGCAACGUCGGAUGCAGCCAGCUCCUCCCUGAAGAAGCGAUUUAAGCGGCGGGAGAUCGAAGCGAUCCAGUGCGAGGUGCGGAAGAUGUGCAACUACACGAAGAUUCUGUCCACCAAGAAGAACCUGGACCACGUGAACAAGAUCCUGAAGGCCAAGCGGCUGCAGAGACAAUCAAAGACAGGCAACAACUUCGUCAAGAAGAGGAGAGGGCGUCCCCGGAAGCAGCCCACGCAGUUCGAUGAGGACUCCAGAGACCAAAUGCCAGUGCUGGAAAAAUGCAUCGACCUUCCCAGCAAACGGGGUCAGAAGCCGAGCCUGAGCCCGCUCGUCUUGGAGCCGGCCGCCAGCCAAGACACCAUCAUGGCCACCAUCGAGGCGGUCAUCCACAUGGCCCGGGAGGCGCCGCCCCUGCCCCCGCCGCCGCCCCCGCCCCUCCCGCCGCCUCCGCCUCCCCCGCCGCCCCCGCCGCCCCCUCUGCCCAAGACCCCCAGAGGAGGCGGGAAGAGGAAACACAAACCUCAGCCUCCGGCCCAGCCCCCGCAGCAGGCGCCCCCGCCACAGCCCCUUCCCCCGGAAGAGGAAGUGAAGGCCAAAAGGCAGAGGAAGUCGCGAGGGAGUGAGAGCGAUGUCCUUCCGUAGGGUGGGUCCGAACCUGGGGCCGGGGGUGGACUGACGCGUUGGAAGUGCAGUGAGCCGGGCUGGGCGGAAUCCCCGCCGCAGGGACACCAUGCCCUGCUCUCCAGAAGCUGGGCAGGGGCAGAAUCGGGCCAGAGGACGGGGUUGAGCCUUCAGGAGCUCUUGGCAAAGCAAAGCAAGGGGACGUCUUCAAAAGAAUGGGUGUGUGCGUGCGUGUGUGCGCGCGUGCGUGUGUGUUCCACAGCAGUUCCCACCAAGCAGCACUUCAGAAUGGCUAGAUCCUUGACAGGCAGCAGGAGACCCAUCCCGGAGGAAAAAGAUGGUGGUGCUCCCUGAAAGCCGCCAGACCUCCUGCAGCCAAGGUGCACCCUUGAUUCCAUUGCAGUUACUGGACAGGAAGAUUGAAAGGGAAACGCCCUCAAUUAGGAAACAUUCCAAGGGGAGAAAAGCGGCAAAUUUCUCAACUGGCUUUGUUGUAAUCCACUUCCAUUUAAUUGGUUUUUAUUUCUUCUGGUUUUUCGAGCUAGGCUAGGCUUUGGGGCACCAAAAUCAUCAUCAGGUGACCCGAUCUUUCUGUUAACAAUACGGUUUCUCAGAUAGACUGAUGUCAUCGGAGGGUGAAAUUCUAGUGAUAGGCAACCUCAGACAUGCAUUCAUACUCUUGUGUGUGUUUCUUCUACCACACAUACUGAUUUUUAGCAUCAUCUGUUCCAACUUUUUCUUUGCACAUUGUACUUCCAUGUACCUUUUCAUUACCUUUCAUACCUAAAUAAUGUAAACCUUACCUGUGUCGUCAUGUUCAUCCUUGGCAUGCUGUUCCAAGGAACUUGGCUUUGAAUCCCAGUCAUUGUGAAACAAAUACUUAGUAUUGAUAGAGCUUUUUAAAAAUAAGUAAUUUAAAGCAACUAAAGAUACAUUGACCCAGGUAUCAAUCAGGUUAUUUUUAUACUUAAAGCAUAUCAGCGAAGUACAGACACCUUAAAAUGGUUUUAAUGCCCCAUAGAAAAUGGAAUAACUGACAAAUCACCAAAAAUUGAAACCCCAGACCCGCCAGAAAGACAAGUGUCUAGCAAUGCCUUGGUGUGUGAUUUUUUUUUCAAACAGAUAACUGUCAAAGGUCAUUGAAAAAAAGGGGGGGGGGGAGCAAAAAGACAAUAGAAGUCCAUUAUCUCUUUUCAUGAAAGCAGAUGGGAUUAAGUGUUCUUAUCUGGGAAAAAAGAAAGGAAAUGCUCAAAGGGUGUCACCACUCCAAUCCUAUCACAUCACCUUGGACAAAGUAUCCAAGUUGUGGUUGCCUUAAUAAACUGAAACAUAUUGUACAUAAUGUAAUUAUAAGUCUAUCAGUCUGCAUGGAUGCAAACUGUGUGUGACAAAUCGUCUUUUAAAUGGUCAAUUUAAACUGUACAUUUCUCAUCCAAGUUGUACUCUAGCCAUUGGUUUAGCGUGGACAGAUAUUCCAUCUCUUUUACCCAUUUCCACAACCCAAGUAAAACAUGUUAAGAAACUCAGAAUGAAUAUAAAGUUAUUCCGUUGCCAUAGAUGUUUUCUAAAAGUCAGAUAUGGAAACUUCAAAUAAGUAUUUUCAAUUUCCUUCCUCACACCUCCCCCUUAUCUUCCCUAAGACAUCAAAUACCUGGUAUGGUAGAUUAUAAGAAGAGAGACACUAAGAGACAGAAUUAAAUUUUCCGAUGAGAAUGAGAAUAUCUGGUUUACCUCCAAAUUGCUUCUUUACAGGAAGUUGGGAACAGCAGAAAAUUGUAUUAUUACUUCAGAACACAACAUUAUUUCCUUAGAGAAAGAAGGAUUUUUGUCGGGAACAUAGGAGAGUAAGGGAUGGGUUAUCUAUCAGAGUAAAUGUUUAAAUUCCAAGUUAAUAUGCUUGCAAACAUCACUGCUCUGUCAUGGCACCAGCAGUUGGUUGAAAUUACCCACAGAGUCAUCCUAUUGUGUGCUAUCACCAUGGACUUCACAUCGUGUGCUGCCACUGUGUCAGUAGCAUUUAAUCCCAGCAUAUGUGAGUUUAAAGGAAUGCAGUCUCCUGUUCUUCAAAGCUUAUAUCUUAGAUACUCAGUUUAUGACCUAGAUUGACCUUUGGCAUUUCACACAGGUUGAACAGCAAAAUCAAACCAACCACUUUCAAUUUGUCAUUCCCAAGCCAUAUCUGAGUGGUUCCAAAGUCAUUCAAGAGGAAGGUUUAAAUUAUCCCUGCUCACCCCACCAUUGCUAUGAAAGAAUACCCAUUUUCAUUCCAAUUAAGCCAUAAAGAGGUUUCUCUCUUGUUGGAUUUUGAAAAUAAUUGAUUUCAUCCUUUCCUUUGCCCUUCUUCCUUCAGUGUUGUACUGUUUCCCCAACCAAAUCUGUGAGCAGACUAAAUCUUCCUGCAGAGAGGAAUAAGCUGACACUCUUUAAGCUUCUUAAGGAAGGACCUAAAGCUCAAUUGGCAUUAACCUCUAGUAGGUGAGAAAUUUCAAAUAACCCUAGGAUACAUUAGAAUUUCCAAACCAACAAAAGGUAUUCCAGGAGAGAUACAGCAGACUUAUACCUUAUACAUAAAUUCAGUUCGCCAGUGAUCAUAUGAGUCAAAUGCAGAUCUUCUACAUUUAUGAUCCCAAGACUAGAUUGGAAAACUGCAGAGGAGCAAAACUGAGAUAAGUGAAUCCACUGUUUGGAGGUGGAUGCAAGUCUUGUCACCUGCAGGGCUUCUCUUUCCCAUCAAGUUCUUCCCUCAGUAUCGCAUUACUUUGAUUUUUUUCUUUUGCUUUCUAUUAACCUAACUCAUCUUUCUAGUAUGACCAUUUCCUCAUUUUCUAACUACCCCCUUUGCAUUAGCCUCUCCUGUCCAGGCUCAAUAUGGGGCCAGUCUCAUUUCACAUCUUAUUGGUAGCAGAACCAGUAUUAGAACCCAACUCUCCUGACAUGCACUGUGGAGGUCUCUUAGCCACUCAACACUGCUUUCUGUGGCUGCAUAUUUAGAGAAAAUGCACGAGACUCCAUAAACCGAUCCAAAAGUAUUUCAUAAUAAGAGAAAUUCCUUGGUUUACUUUUCUGUUUCCUCCAAGACUUGCCUUCAGCAAGGAGGCACUUAAUAUGGACCCACUUAUAUGGAGUCUGAUUAGGGGUAAGCAAAGGGUGAAAUCGGUAUAAAAAUCACCUUGAGGGUGAUGAUGGGUCUCUGAGCCAUCUUUCUAAGUGGCUGGGGAGCCACUUGUUUUUCAACCGCUCAUCUCAAACGAGAGAAACAGAGUUUAACUUCCUCUAAUGUCUUGGCUCCCACUGCAACCCGAGGAAGACAGGUUGAAGGAAAGGAGAACAUGUCAGGGCUGGCUUGUGAUUUGACGGGCCUGGGACUCAACAGCCACUGACAGCCCCAAGUAGGUGACUAAGGGCCGACAGGAUUAGCAUGUUAACUUGGCUGCUGUCCGGAGUGAGAGGCCACAUUGAUGGCAGUCGGAGUUUGUGUUCUGGGCAUUGCUGGUUCUAUAAAUAUGAUAAGCAAGUGGUGACAGAAUUAUAGUAUAAGGUGAUGUACUACAUGGAGAUCAUAAAGGAUUUGGUUUUAGGACUUAAGUAGAAAAUCCACUCCUACAGCUUAUUACCCGACAAUAUUCAGAUAAUGAGCUUUUGGAGAAUAUUAUUUCCCUACCACUAGGAAGAUUUACCUGGGAACUGUCUAAAGUCUAUACAUAUAUUUCCAAAGCCUUUAAAUGCCAACUGUAGCAUGGGGGUGGGGGGGAGGGGGGGAGGUGGCAGAAGCUGAAAUGCCUCAAAAGCCAUUUAAGUGUUACAUUGCAGGAUUUUCAGUCCUUCACAUUAUGUAAAAGUAGAUAAAUAUAGACAUUAUUCUCAAUUCUACCCUAUAAUAUCACAAUGGUCCACACGCCAGAGCUUACAGACAAUGUCAUCACAGUGCCUAGAAACUCGAACUGUAAUAUACCGUAGCAUUUUCUUGGUGUUUUUUAAAGUUUCCUUCCAUAACACCAGGCUCCCUCUGCCUCUUGUUUCUUGGAGAGUUUGCCCUACUGAUGAGUCUGCCUCCCUUGUUGGACUCAGUCACUUGGGGAACAGUCUUAGAAGCACAUAUCAACCAAGGAAGAAACUUCCUGGAUAUCUCUUGCCCACUUGCCCAGGUAUAAUAAACACUAAAGGGGGAAAAAUUGAAAAGAGCUGCCACUGGUCAACACAGAAGGGCAGUUCCAGCUUAGGUUGGUGUCUUUCUUUUUCUUCCUUUUUUUUUAAAAAAAAAAAUCUAUUUCUUAAAUAAUAAUAAAUGCACAUGAUGUGUUAAAUAUGUAUAUAUAUAUUUCAAAAGAAAAAAAUGGGGCACAAGAUUGUCUUACAAGUCGUGCUGGCUAAUUUUUAGUUUGUAUUCAUAAGUGGUUUUUAAAAGCCUUUUUUAAAGUGUAAUUUGCAUGUUCUACUUUGAUUGUAUGUAAACAUAUUUUAGAACAAAAAAUGUAUUUGUAUUUUAUUGAAUAUAGAGGCAAGAAAAAUUGUACAUUGUUUGAAAUGUUCUUUUUGUAACAGUUUUUAUUCAUAAAGCAUUUUUGUACAUUUAAAAUGAACAUGGACUUGCUGUUAUUUGAGGCGUAGAUACAUCUGGCAUGCUUUACUGUCAUGCUCCUCCAUGGUCUUAGAUGUUGGGUUUUAAACAUUUUUUCUAAAAGAAAGCUCAGUCUUUUUCGCUACCAGAUCAGGUUAGCACAGUAUAGAGCACUUAACUAUUAAAAAAAAAAAGUUAAUCCUAUUCAUAUGUUAUUCAUUGUGUGAAAUUAAAGACAUUCAAUUCAGUCUAA